GAAUAGUAGGAGGUACUGGAGCAGUGUAUUGUGCCUGGAAAUUCUACAUCUGGAAUUCCUCAGAAAGAAUGGCUCAUCUGCCCACAAGUGUCCCUGCUAACUUCAGCCCUGCGGUUAUGUCUGGAGAACAAAACAACACAAAUAACACGACGUGUCCUACAGCAGAAUUGAAGGAAUGGCACUUCACUGUGCUGCAAGUGUAUAUCCUGCUCAUCACUGUGCUGGGAAUCGUGUUAAAUGUGUUUGUACUGAUGGUUUUCUGCCUUCAUAAGAAGGCCUGCACCAUAGCUGAGAUCUACCUGAGCAACAUGGCCGCUGCUGACCUCCUCCUAACGUUUUUUUUGCCCUUCUGGGCUGAGUACGUAGCCAAAAAAUUUAAUUGGACCUUUGGUAAUCCCCUGUGCCGACUGGUCACCCUCUCCAUCAACAUGAACGCCUACUGCAGCAUCUACUUCCUCGUUCUGAUUAGCAUAGAUCGCUAUGUGGCAGUGGUGCACCCGCUGUCCUUUGAGGGAAUGCGUAGGCCAAAAUAUGCCAAACUGGGCUGUCUGCUGGUAUGGUGUUUUGGAUUGUUCCUGAGUGUCCCCAUGCUUGUCUACAGGAAAGUGACAUAUUCCACUUACUCAAACUCUACUGUAUGCCAUUUGAAUUACGGAAUCACUGAAAACUGUCUGUUUACUGUGAUGCUGACGACGUUCGGCUUCAUCAUCCCCAUUUCCAUUAUUUCCUUCUGCACAUUCAGGAUUAUUCGAGCAUUGAAUAACAGGUUAAUUGUUGGGUUAAACGCCAAGAGGAUGGAGCAGAAGGCCACCACUCUGGUGCUGGCGGUCCUCCUGGCGUUUAUGAUCUGCUGGGUACCAUUCCACCUGGUUAAGAUAGUCGCAUUGCUUGUACAUGCUGAAGUCCUGACAGACUGUACCAUCGCCACUAUCGUAUAUACCUGCGCAAAUAUCUUCAUGUAUUUUGCCUUCUUCAACAGUGUUCUUAACCCCAUCCUCUACGUUAUUGUAGGAAAGAACUUCCGCAAAAAAGUUAGGGAACUCUUCAAGCAGUGGAGCAUUAACAGAACGACCUUCAGCACCACCUCCACACGCUCAACAAUGUCGAGAAGUGUUAAAACUGAGGUAGUCUUAAGCUGAUUUGCAGGAUUUCUUUUUGAGAAGCUAGGGUGUUUCUUUUCUUUUACAAUUUCACAUAAUUAAACUCUGAGCUGUUUGAUUGUUUGCUCUCAACACACUGUGAUGUACAAGUGUUCGAUGACAACACGUGACUCAAUUUAUGCCCUAUAACUGUUGUUUCUUUAGAAAUGCUUUCAGACCUAAUACAAUAAUAACACUGCUACAUAAUUAAACAGCACUACAAUAUUUUUUUAAUUGCAGAAGUAAUGGGCACACAUCAUGAUAAUGGAGUAAUGUACAACAAAGCAGGAAACAGACUUUGUCUCUGUGUAACAGCAAUGGUUUAAAGUCUUAAUAGCAAUUUAUUUCCUUUCUCGUCUAUGUGCAUGUCUCAAGAUGUGUGUGAAUCUGUUUCUCUGUACUGUAUGGUGUUGCUGUAACUGUCUUGUAAUAUUUUAAUGUCAAACAUCCAAAAACAAACCCUGCCAUCAUUUAUAACCAUGUAUUUCCCCGUCUGUUUCUGAUGCUGGGACUAAUGUAUCCUUUCUUUGACUCCAGAAAGCUAACAUAAGAGAAUGGCCACCUACACACUGUGCAUACAUUUGCAUGCAUGUAGUUUGUUGCUUUGUAUGGUUUCUUUACUAUUAAAAGUCACCGUAGUGUAAAGAGUAGUGACUUAUUCAGUCGUGUUGGUGUUUUACAGCUUGAACAAACAUCACUGUUAAUGGAACAAACUCUGUGCUACAAUUGUGAAACUAUUUGCAUCAUCAAGGUAAUGUUACACCUGGAGUGGCAAAUACGCAUGCGCAUACGAUAAAGACACAAAGUCUUAAUCUUAUGCUGACCUAUGAAUAAACUUUCACCACAGUAAAAAGACAUGCUUUCAUUUGUUUUCCUCUUCAAUGUGACACAAAUAAUCAAGUAUGAUAUCGGAAUAUUACAUAUGUUCUUAUUUUUGUAGAUGUUUUUUCUUG